CCAACAAAGAAAAGCAGGAGAGAUCAAUUGCGCAAAGAGAACCUUUCUUCGUAGCCAUGAAGAUGUUGGAGGAGCCUGCUGAUUUCCAUAUGGCAGUAGGGCAAAGUGAGGCCAACUAUGCCAACAACUCUAGGCUUCAGCAAAAGGCAUUGCUCAAGACCAAGCCAGUGCUUGACAAGGCUGUGAGGCAGGUGUGCAGUACCCUCCUUCCUGGAGCUAUGGUAGUUGCUGACCUAGGCUGCUCCGUCGGCGCCAACACACUCCUCUUCGUCUCCGGGGUGAUCAGCACAGUAGCAGAUGGACGACAUGGAAAUGAGCGCAUUCGUCGGUACCCCAUGGAGCUCCAGUUCUUCCUCAAUGAUCUGCCCGGCAAUGACUUCAACCAGGUGUUCCAGUCGCUUCAACACUUCACCAAGUCGAUCGAGGCAAGUCAUCCCAAGGGAGUUACGUUGCCUCCGUUCUAUAUCUCUGGGUUGCCGGGCUCCUAUUACACUAGGCUUUUCCCUUGCCAAAGUGUUCACCUUUUCCACUCCUCGUACUGCCUUCAAUGGCGCUCUCAGCUGAUCAAGGACAUUGACGAAAAGACGGCAUACCUGAACGGGUGUAACAUCUACAUCGCCAAAAGCACACCUCCAUCGGUGGUGAAGCUGUACCAGGAUCAGUUCCAGAAGGACAUGUCCCUCUUCCUCAAGCUGCGCCAUCAGGAACUCGUUCCCGGAGGGAACAUGCUGCUCACAUUCCUCGGAAGGAAGAACCCGGAUGUCCGGGACGGGGAUCUGAGCCAUCUCUUUGCACUGCUUGCGCAAGCUUUAAAGUCUCUUCUCACAGAGGGCCUUGUGGAGAAGGGAAAGCUGGAAUCAUUCAACCUACCGUUGUACGGGCCAUCCAUGGAUGAAGUGAAGGCAGCUGUCGAACAGAGCGAGCUCUUUGGCAUUGAACACAUGGAGCUCUUCGAGUCCAGCUGGGAUCCCUACGACGACCUGCAGGAACAUGACAGCACGCACAGCAGCCCUGCACGAGGCGGAAUGAACGUCGCCAGGUGCAUCAGAGCAGUGUACGAGCCUCUCUUGGCAGGCCAUUUCGGCGAACACAUGCUCGACGAGCUCUUUCGGAGGUAUGCGCAGCUUGUUGGGAGGCACCUUGCAAGGGAGAAGGCGAAGUUUUCGGUCAUCGUCUUGUCAUUGAACCGGAUCAGAGGCUAGACCAGGCGCGGGCAGCAGAUAGCCCUUGAUAUUUCUCGAGAUGAAUCUUGCCUUUUUCACAAGUUUUUAAGGGAUAUCGUGUUUACUUGUGAAGAACCUAAGAAGAGGCACUACACUAGAAUUUUUCUAAUCCUCCCUGUUAUGCUUGCUCGCAAUAAGAUUGCCAUUAAUUGGUACUCGAGCUUUUAC